AUGGCUCAGCCCGGCGUGCAGUCACUGAAGUGCGUGGUGACUGGUGAUGGUGCUGUUGGAAAGACCUGUCUACUCAUUUCCUACACCACAAAUGCCUUCCCCGGCGAAUACAUCCCCACUGUCUUCGACAACUACUCAGCGAGUGUUAUGGUAGAUGGCAAGCCUAUCAGCCUUGGCCUCUGGGAUACUGCUGGUCAGGAGGAUUACGACAGACUGCGACCUCUCUCAUACCCCCAGACCGACGUCUUCCUCAUCUGCUUCUCCAUCGUCAGCCCUCCUUCAUUCGACAACGUCAAGGCAAAGUGGUAUCCCGAGAUUGAUCAUCAUGCGCCUAACAUUCCCAUUAUCCUUGUCGGAACCAAGCUUGAUCUUCGAGAAGACGCCUCCACCCUCGAAUCACUUCGACAGAAGCGUAUGGAGCCUGUGUCGUACGAGCAGGCGUUGACUUGCGCCAAGGAGAUCAAGGCCUACAAGUACCUCGAGUGUUCUGCCCUCACUCAAAGGAACCUCAAGAGCGUUUUUGACGAGGCCAUCCGAGCUGUUCUUAACCCUCGACCCACACCUUCGAAGCAAAAGAAGAACAAGUGCUCCAUUCUGUAG